AAAAAUUACGCGUUCAAACCUCACACAGCAGAUCUCCAGCAGUCACUUUCCCAUUCGAAGUCGCUAUGCUUGAGAACGAGAUCCGCAUCUUGGAUAUCCUUCCUUAUGGAAGCGAUGGCCCUCAAGCCCUCGUGAAAUGUGAGGUCCGAGUCGUCAGCCUGUCAGAUAAGCCCGUCUACGAUGCGCUGUCAUAUCGAUGGGGUGAUCCAGAAAGCCAACGGCGUAUACUCGUGGACAAUCAAGAGACGUUCGUUACCGACAACCUUCACGCCGCACUCCUUCGUUUGCGGCGGAAAGAUGAGAAGAAAACAAUGUGGAUAGACCAGUUGUGUAUCAAUCAGCAGAACCAGGAGGAAAAAGCCGUACAAGUGCGCUUGAUGGGGCAGGUCUAUUCGAAUUGCCAUCAGUGUCUCAUUUGGAUGGAUGAGAUCAACGAAAGUGUUCAUCAGGCAGAUGCAGAAGCUAUCAUUGAUAGCCUCAACUGGAUAUCAAAUCGUAGCCUUCCAGUCCCGCCAUGCACUGCUUCUGCUUCUGCAUUUGAAGGCCCUAUCUAUGCGUUGGCCAGUAUUGGAGUCGCUAAUCAUCCGUGGUGGAAUCGUGUUUGGACAGUACAGGAAGCAAUUCUGCCAACCAAGAAAGUGUUUCUCUGGGGUCCCUUUCGACUGUCAUGGGAUACACUUACUGAAUGCUCCCAUGUAUGGACUGGCACUGGUUUACCGACCGAGCUCUCUGACUUCAUGUGGAAUCCAACCUCGCCCGACCUGUCAGCAAUAAUGGAUCGUACCCUGGGAUGGCUAUUCUGCAACGUAAUUUGGAUCAACAGUGCUCAUUCUCAAUUCGAAGAGCCCGUUCGGACCAUCAUAAAGUGGUGCGGACGCAAAGCCACCGAUCCCAAAGACAAAGUGUUUGGUCUAUUAGGCUUAUUGCCGCCCCUGAUGGAACGCCGUUUCUUGGACAAGUGCGAUUACGGAACAUCGGUUGCUCAAAUCUACAGUGCGUUUACAUUGGACAUAAUACUGAAUCAUGGAAAUCUUCUCCCUCUUGUCCUGCAGCAACGGCCAUCUCCGGGUUUUGGAACACAUGGAUUGCCAACCUGGGUCUGUGAUAUGGGUGAUUGUGAGUUGCCUCAGAUACCUCAUCACGUUGACAGAUGGUAUCUCCGAUGGGGAUACGAAGCUUAUGACGCAUGUGCGGGUCUAAAAUUAGACGUAAACUCCCUAUCAGAGCCCUCGAGUGAAAUUAGAACUUUAGGUUUGACAGGUGUUGCUGUGGACACCAUUGUCAUCAUUGGCAAAAGACUUACCAAUAUCGCUGCUAAAGAACCUGCAAUCAUUGCGGAGAUAUUGCGAUCUUGGAUGGAAUUAGGACUCGAGUACCAUACAGCAAUUGCGGGCGGUCUUGGAGAAGAAAGCUUCAACAAAGCAUUCUACAGGGUUGUAGUGAGCAACCUGAUUCGCAACGAAGAGCAGUGGGUGGAACGACGCCCCAACGAGCAGGACUUUGCGGAUAUCUCAGAGUUCUUACAGACUGGUUUAGGAACGAUUAACGAUAUUGAUUUUUGGCACAGAUACGUUGAGAAUCAGACUUUCUUCAUCACGAAGAAUGGAAUGAUGGGCUUGGGGGAUUGGGAGACGGAGUGUGGGGAUGAGGUCUGGGUAUUUAAUGGAGGGAAUAUGCCGUUUACCAUAAGAAGAAAAAAUGAUGGAAGUGAGGAUGAUUUUGAAUUUGUGGGGUGCUGUUAUGCUGAUGGGAUUAUGGAUGGAGAGAUCUAUGAUGAACACGCAGGGCGGGGGCCGGAGAGACGAACAAUCAAUCUGCACUGAUGCGUGUGAGGUGAUUCAACUUCAAAGAAACUUUUAUGUCAUUAACUCGAUUGAAUUUCGGCCACUAUGUCCUCUCUAUUUUCGUUCGUAGGAAUUAUACAGCCAAAGCCAUUCUUAUUUCCCCUG